AUGGCUGUAUACAAAAUCUGUGCACUGUUUUUUGCCCUCAUUGCACUUUCCGAUGCUGCACCACCACCGUUAUUUCUUCCACCGCUGCCAGCGCCGGCACCAGGUCCUGCACCACCACCUAGCGGUGUCAAAGGUGCAUACUGGCCUUCCUGGCUAGCACAAACACUCCCCCCAUCAAAUAUACCAACUUCAUAUUUCACACACCUGUUUUAUGCAUUUGUAUUGCCUGAUGCAACGUCAUAUCAGCUGUUAAUCACAAAAACUGAUGAUCAAUGGAUGAGAAAUUUUACCGCCAGCCUCCACGCGAAAAAUCCCCCCGCCAAGGCAUUGUUAUCCAUGGGCGGCGCAGGUGGCAGUCCUAACACUUUCUCAAACUUAGUCAGCAAUUCAGACAACAGGGCAGCAUUCAUAUCAUCAUCUAUUGAUGUAGCAAGAAAAUAUGGUUUCAACGGGCUUGAUCUUGAUUGGGAAUUUCCCAGCAAUCCACAAGAUAUGUCCAAGCUCGCAUUGCUCUUCCAAGAAUGGCGGGCUGCUGUUAACCAGGAGUCGCUUGCCUCUGGAAAACCCCGCCUCCUUUUGUCGUCUGCAGUUUAUUUUGCUUCCAAUUUCUUCUUGUCGUCGGACGUUCCUAGGACGUAUCCCGGGGAUGCUAUUAGAAACUUCGUUGAUUUCGUGAAUCCAAUGUGCUUUGAUUAUCAUGGUUCGUGGAACACUUCUGUCACUGGAGCUCAUGCCUUGCUUUUCGAUAAGUCUAGCAACAUUAGCACCAGUUAUGGGAUUUCAACAUGGAAAGGAGAUGGGAUUCCGUCGAAUAAAAUAGUAAUGGGAAUGCCGGUUUAUGGGAGGACAUGGCAAUUGAAGGAUCCGAAUGAACACGGAAUUGGAGCUCCUGCUGUGGGAACAGGCCCUGGGGGGACUCAAGGAGUUAUGAUUUAUUCUGAUAUAUUGGGGUUCAAUUCAUUGAAUAAUGCCACUGUGGUUUUUGAUAGUGCAACGGUAUCGACAUAUUCUUAUGCAGGAACCAAUUGGAUUGGAUAUGAUGACACUAUUUCAAUCCAGGCUAAAAUCAAGUUUGCCAAGGCUCAGGGCCUUGGGGGAUAUUUCUUAUGGGAACUUGGUUAUGACAGCAACUGGACAAUUGCUAGAGAAGCUUCCAUGGCGUGGGAUAGUGUGAAUUGA